AUGGCUUCACUCACUCAAGGGACCAUUCCUGACCCUACUGCAGACCUUCACUGGUCCGACUUCAAGGGUCCAAUCCACGAGAUCUUCGCUGCAAAUGCGCGCAAACAUCCCGAGCGAUCUUGUGUAGUGGAAACCGCGACUAGCAACACACUAGAGCGCAAGUUCACCUACAAACAAAUAUUCGAGGCUACCGCCGUACUAUCCCAUCACCUUGUCCAGAAUGGGAUACAGAGAGGUGAGGUGGUCAUGAUUUUCGCCCACCGAGGCGUGGACCUGGUAGUUGCCAUUAUGGCUGUUUUGGCCGCAGGAGCGACUUUCUCAGUACUCGACCCACUAUAUCCCCCAGAUCGUCAAUGCAUCUAUCUAGAAGUUUCUCAGCCACGUGCUCUCGUGGUCAUCGACAAAGCCACACGCGAAGCUGGCCCUCUCUCGGAACAAGUCCAGACAUACAUCAAGGACCAUCUGCAGCUGAGGACUGAGAUUCCAGCGCUCGAACUCAAGGAUGACGGUACACUGGUUGGAGGGAAUCAAGACGGUAAGGAUGUCUUGGAAGAGCAGCAGAGCCUCAAAGUGGAACUCCCCGGCGUUCUAGUUGGACCAGAUUCGACACCCACGCUUUCCUUCACGUCUGGCUCGGAAGGAAAGCCAAAGGGUGUAAAAGGACGACAUUUCUCCUUGACCCACUAUUUCCCCUGGAUGGCUCAGACCUUCGGCCUGUCUGAAAACGACAAAUUCACCAUGCUUUCUGGUAUCGCCCACGACCCCAUCCAACGAGACAUCUUCACACCUUUGUUCCUCGGUGCACAACUGCUCGUACCCAGCAAAGAGGACAUUCAGCAUGAAAGGCUUGCAGAGUGGAUGCGCAAGUACGGGGCUACUGUCACACAUCUCACACCUGCCAUGGGUCAGAUCUUGGUAGGAGGGGCUUCAGCAAUCUUCCCUGCUCUACAUCACUCUUUCUUUGUCGGCGAUCUGUUGAUCAAACGCGACUGUCGCAGACUGCAGAAUUUGGCACCGAACGUUCGCAUCGUAAACAUGUACGGUACGACGGAAACUCAGAGAGCUGUCAGCUACUUCGAGCUUCCUAGUUGUACGGAGGCUCCAGAAUAUCUGGACAGCAUUGGAGAGGUCAUCCCAGCCGGUCGUGGCAUGAAGAACGUUCAACUAUUGGUCGUCGAUCGUGAAGAUCGUAACAAGAUCUGUGAGCCUGGACAGAGUGGUGAGAUCUAUGUCCGCGCAGGUGGUCUUGCAGAAGAAUAUCUCGGACUUCCUGACCUCACAGCGACUAAAUUCGUGGACAACUGGUUCGUGGAUAAGAAUAAGUGGGUGGAAGAAGAUAAAAAGAGAGUAGAAAGCCAAGGUGCGGCUGAGCCAUGGCGAGAGUUCUACAAAGGCCCCCGCGACAGGUUAUAUCGAUCUGGCGAUCUGGGCCAUUACAGUGCGGACGGAAAUGUACACUGUACAGGGCGAGUUGACUCACAGGUCAAGAUUCGUGGAUUCCGUAUCGAGCUUGGAGAGAUUGACUCGCAUCUCUCUGCUCAUCCUCUUGUGCGUGAGAAUGUCACGCUUUUGAAGCGCGACGCUUACGAGGAGCCCAACCUCGUCAGUUACAUCGUUCCUGAAAUGAAGCGAUGGUAUGACUGGCUUGAAGAGCGAGGUACGAAGGAUAGUGACUCCGUGGAUGACACCAGCAUGGUCACACUCCUCAAGCGCUUCAAGUAUCUUCGUGAUGAUGUCCGUGAGCAUCUAAAGAAGAAACUGCCCGCAUACGCUGUUCCUUCGGUUAUUGUCCCGCUGAUUCGAUUUCCCCUGAACCCAAAUGGCAAGAUCGAUCGUCCAGCUCUUCCCUACCCAGAACCUGCACAACUAGCUGCAGCUGGUGCGAGACGCCCAUCCCAGCUUGGUGCUGCCCUGACUCCUACCGAAAAGACUAUGGCAAAGAUAUGGGCAGACCUGCUCGGUGACCGUGGGGUUGUAGCCGACAGCAUCAGCGGCAGUGACUCUUUCUUUGAUCUUGGAGGGCACAGCAUUAUAGCUCAGCAGCUUCUCUUCAAGAUUCGUCAAGAAUGGAAGGACAUCAAUGUACCCAUGACUACAAUUUUCCAAUACCCCACAUUACGCGGUUUCUCGGCCAAUAUUGAUCAAGCCAUGGAUCCCAUCGGUCUACGUCUGGACACUGCAGAAGCCAUCGAGGAUGAUCCAGAAGAUGAAGCUUACUCUGCUGAUGCUAGGGAGCUAGCAAAUCAAUUGACCGAGUUCAAGACUAGAGAGCCUCUGAAGCCUGGAGAGGAGGUACACACAUUCUUGACUGGCGCUACUGGUUUCUUGGGAGCAUACCUGCUUCGUGAUAUCCUUUCGAGGCCUGGAAAAGUCACCCUUUUGGUUCGCGCCAAAGACACCGAGGCAGCACUUGGACGUGUCCGCCAGACCUGCCAGGCGUAUGGCAUCUGGGAUGAUAGCUGGACUGCUAGGCUUGAGCCUCUUGUUGGUGAUCUGGAGAAGGAACGGUUCGGUCUCACCGCCGAUACCUGGAACAGUCUUGUAGACUCUGUCGAUGUCGUCAUCCACAAUGGUGCGCUUGUCCACUGGGUCUUGCCAUACUCUCGUCUGCGCGGUCCCAACGUUGUAUCAACCAUGACUGCCCUCUCCAUGUGCGCAGUCGGCAAGCCCAAGAAUUUUGGACUCGUCAGCUCCACCUCGGUUCUUGACACCGAUUACUUUGUCCAGCUCUCGGAGAAGAGUCUCGCAAAGGGCGGCACUGGUGUCCUCGAAGAAGAUGAUCUCGAGGGUUCACGCAAGGGUUUAGGUACAGGUUACGGCCAAUCCAAGUGGACUGCCGAAUAUCUCACCCGCCAGGCCGGUAGGAAGGGACUCGGUGGCUGUGUAAUCCGUCCUGGCUAUGUCCUCGGUGACCCAGAGAACGGUACUACCAAUACAGACGACUUCCUCGUCCGCAUCCUCAAGGGCUGCAUUCAGCUCAAGUCACGACCAGACAUCGAUAAUACCGUCAACAUGGUGCCCGUUACCCACGUCGCACGCGUUGUCGUAGCUUCAACCUUCAGCCCACCUGUUGCGCCCCUGGGCGUCGCGCAAGUGACUUCACAUCCCCGUAUCACUAUCAACGAGUUCCUCGGCAGUCUCGAGCGCUACGGCUACAACGUCCCCAAGGUCUCGUAUCCAGAGUGGAAGGCACAAAUGGAAGCAUACGUCGCCGAUCGCUCUGGCACCAAGGAGGAAAAUGCUCUGCUACCCCUCUUCCACUUCGUUACUGGUGAUCUACCUGCUGAUACCAAGGCGCCUGAACUGGACGACAAACAUGCAGCCGAGGCACUUAAGAAGGAUGCUGCAUGGACAGGACAGGAUUGGAGUGCGGGCGCAGCAGUGACGGAGGAGACGGUAGGUGUGUACAUUAGCUAUCUGAUCGAGUUGGGGUUCAUGCCAAAGCCGGAGUCGAAGGGUGUCAAGGACCUGUUGAUGAGCAAGAUGACGGAUGCAAUGAGAGAAGGCAUGAAGUUGGUCGGUGGUAGGAGAGGUGUCUAG